CUUGAGUUUGAGUUGAUGUGUCAAGCCUCUAGCACCAGCAGCCAAUCUGCCUGUAUAGUUUAAAAAAUUGCGAUGAUUGUAACUGGAAAUGAAAUUCUUGACUGUGUAAUCGAGCAACCCGAAUCGUACUGUCGGUUCUGCUACUUGGACAGGGAUCUAAAGCCCAUUUUCCCCUCCAGCGGAGAGCCUAACCAUCGAAUCAUUGAUUUGCUUCGAAAUUUGGUCAAUAUCACGCUCACCGUAAAGCAGGAUUUUCCUUCGGCAAUCUGCCACCAAUGUCUGGUGAAAUUGGAGGAGUUUUAUGCCUUUCAACAGAAAUGUCAAAUCAUCAGCGAGAAAAUUAGAGAACGAAGGCUUCAAUAUGAAGAAAAAACACUGCCUGUCGUUAAAAAUGAGGUAAUUUAUUCCGAUUUUGAGAAUAAUUUCCAAAACCUGCAUUCAAACCAACUGGUUGUAAAAGAAGAACUAGAUAUAGAUGAUGAGAAUAUAAAAUUUCAAAAUGAGGAAAAAGCACUGUUUAUCGUUGUAGAUGAAACUCCUGUAACUAACUUCGAACAACAGUAUUUCAGUCAAACAGAAGAACAAGUUAUUGAAGAUGACCAUUCUAUUAACUGCGACAGCACCAAUCCUGGAAAAAAUAAGAAACUAGCUGAUCGACAAUUCUUAAAGGCCAAGAGACAAAAGAAAAACGGCACGGCUGGAAAACGUAAAUGCGAAAACCGGGACUACCGUUGCAAAAUUUGUGAUAAGUUCUUCACCGACAAAGAGAGUAUAAAUUUUCACAUGAAGAACCACAUUGAUACGGCGAAUUUACGUUGUUGCAAUUGCUCAAAAACCUGCAAGUCAGUACAUGGAUUGAUACAACACGCUAUCAAAAGCUACAUAUUGAAGUCAUUCCCUUGCCAGUAUUGCGACAUACAUUUUUCAACUAAAAAGAAACUAUUUACUCACGAAUUCGAUUGUGGCAAAAACGCUUCCGGUAAUGAGCCUCCAACUGAUUUAGAUAUUCCGAAAACCGUGAAAUGUGUUCAUUGUCCUUUAAAAAGUUUUGAUAGCGUGCAUAGCCUGCAGGCUCAUAUGCAAAGGCACGAAUCAAAAUUCAACUGCCAAAAAUGUAGUGUGGAUUUGCCUUCGGCUGUGCUUCUGAAAAACCAUUACGAUCGAUACCAUUCGCAAGGCGCAAAGUUGAUAGCUUCCACUGUUACCUGCGAACCAUGUCAACGAACAUUUAUAGAUGCCAGCGCCUUUCGAAGCCAUCAUACCAGAUUCCAUGAGGAUCAACAAGAUCCAAUAUCUCGCAAACUACACCAAGAUAAACCCUAUGAGUGUGAUCAUUGCCGGAAGCGGUUCUGGUCAAUCAAUACAAUUCGCUAUCACAUACUUGUUCAUCGGCAGUAUCGAGAUUGUGAUUUUUGCUGCGAGAGUUUUCGCUCGAAAAAGGAUCUGCGCAAUCACAAGUUGGUCGCCCACCCAGUGGCUUGUGAGUUCUGCUCUCAAUCAUUUUUCUCUGAAAAGGCUCGCCGAUCUCACUCUAACAAGGUUCACGGAAUGCUGCACGUUAGACAGCUGGCUGCUGAUGGUAGUACUAAUAAAGUUACCUAUACCUGGCGCAGGGUUUCAUAUAAAUGUGCAAAGUGUGAGCUGGAGUACAAUAAGUUUCAAAUGUUGAAGGAUCAUUAUAGUAAGAUGCAUAUCGGGUCAAAAUUGGCUAUCAAAUGUAACUACUGCAGUAGAAUCAGUACAUCAAGAAUUGGAUACGUGGGGCAUUUGAUCGGAAACUGCGGAAAAACACCAAAGAAGAUGAGAUAAUCCUUUUUAAAAAUGUAUUUUUUAUAAAUAAAAUUUGGUUCACUAUA